CGACAUUUUGAGAUACUUUGCAGCGGCGCGUCACAAGAAGAGGAAGAGGAAGCUAUGUUUACGUGAAAGAGAUGGAACUUAACUACAAAAUAUCGUCUCAACAAGGCCAUUUCACCCUGCCAACAACAUGGAUGCCCCAGGACGCAGCGGGGAGACAGAGAGUAGCUGUGGUGGCCGUGUUUGGCCGCAGUGGGCUGGACGCUGGGGGUUGCAAGGCCGGGGCUUUAGAGACCAUGGUGGGCCAGCAGAUUAUCUCUCGAGACCUCACUGCACCUGUCGACGUGGACCAGAAUGUAUUGACUGGCGUUCACGGUUACUAUGACAUCGCAAGACGGACAGUGUACCUCCACCUGACCGCCGCCUAUGACACUGCCACGCUCGUUAGGUCGUUAGAGAAGAUGAAGGCGCUGCUGCAGGAGAAGGGCUUCCUAAUGGCUUGGUCGUCUCUGAAGCUGUCGUUCGCGAAAAGCCUUUUAGUCUUGUUCUCUGUGUCACACCUGCUUCUGCUGUGUCACCCAUCCCACACCUUCGACAUUACGUACAUACACCUGUUCCGGACUCUGGAUGCCAUCAGGUCCAAGGCACACAACCACAUCUCGGAAAUCCUGCGGUCAGUCCCAGGAAUUAACAAGGACUGGACAUUAUUUGGUCGUUUGUGCGCACCGAGGGUCCUGUUUCUCUUUUCCUCUCGUCUCCUGCCCCCCCAGAUCAAGGGAGGGGGCGGGGGGCCAGGACGGGGCCUCACACAGGUACUGGGGGGCCUGGAGGGUCUUGGGGGGCAGGCUCACAGACAUCCUGGCAGGCGACCUCUCGUACAUGAACAUUGGGGGGGCUGGGAGGGGGGAGAAGGGGGUGGGGGGAGGCAGGGAGGGCCCCACUCCCCCUCUGACAACCCCUCCACCACCACCGCCACCACCCUCAGCUCUUCAAUUUUGUCUGGUGUUGCGACGGAGAGGAAGAGAAACCUAGAACACAGCUUUAAAAUAUUUCUGCAGCAACACAUCGACCAAGCUCUCGGAAAAGGCUUCGACGAUAACGUAGGUCGUCACUCGGGUCCCAGUUUCUUCAUGGUUCCUAGAGCAAGUGUGUGGUUCGAUGCAGUUAACCAGAUUUACAAUUUUUACGUGUGCGACCUGCAGGAGAAGGACAGCAAGGCCAAGCAGGUCCUGACAAGUCUCCAGAGCCUCGUUGAAACAGAAGUUCGAUUUUCCGCCAGUCGUUGUGCGAAAGUUCUCCCUCUCGCUCUCUCUGCUUAUAAGGAUGGUCUGCCCCCACACUACACUCAAAUGCAUCACCAGGAGAAGCUAGACCUGGCCCUGACCAUCCUGAGCGGCCAGGCGAGAGGGCCGAUGUACGAAGAAUACGUGGCACAAUUGGAACAAGCUUGUCACCGAGUGUGGGUUGAUGGCCGAAUGGGGUGUGAGGUGCUCUCCCUAACUGGCAACACUUGUCAUCACCCCCGGCACUGUGUGGAGGGAGAGGAGGGUGGUGGUGGUGGUGGAGGAGAGAGGGGUAUCCCGACCCUGCCACACAGUUCAGGGGUCACCUACAUCAGCUUUUGUAAUUGUGGACGCCGCCAAGGUCAACGAGAAGAUCCGUUUUCUAUGAAUGACGCCAACUUCGUCUUCUACAGCCACCUUGCGGAAUCCUGUUGCUCCCGUUUGGACUCGAUUUCCUUCCCCACCUUCAAGCCAAGUGUUUCCGAUGCUAGGGUCUCACAGCUGCAAAAGUCUCGGGAUCUGAUGAAGAGAACCCCCCCACACCCCCCAGGACCCCCCACAGGACCCCCCAACCCCCCAGCUGCCCCCCGUGGAAGGCAGUACCCCCCACACCCCCGGCUUGAGUCUGGGGGGGGUGGGGGGCUCAGCGGAAGCGUGUGUGGGGGGGGGCGAACAGGGGGUGAACAGAGUCAUGGGGGGGGGUCACAGGUCAUCAUUACACUGACCAAGGAGGAUGGGAGGAUGGCUGGCAAAGACCGGGGCAUCAUCCGUCAGCCGUCCACCACAGAGUAUCUACCGGGGAUGCUAACGUCUGUCUCCCCCUCCGGACUCCUGCCGCAGACCUCCUCGUGGGCCCUCACCUGUCUGGGCCCCUCCUCUCUCUACUCCCACAAUGCUGGUAUCUGCGACCAGCCAGGCUUCCUCCCAGGCACGAAUUUUCUCCUCCCGUGGGAUGUGACGGUGAAGAUUGAGGACCGUGACAAAUGGCCGGCUAUUGCUGAUACACUGGGGAAGAAGGCACUGCUGCUGAAGAACAAGAAGAACAAGUGUGGAGAUCUCCACGAGUUUUCGGUAAAGAUCUUCCUAGGAGUGGAGUACGAGUGUCAAGGAGGUCACAGGUUCAUGCUGGCAUCCCCUGACAGACACCUGAAGGCCUCACCGUCUGGACUCGUUAAAGAUAAUGCUGUCAAGAUUGCUAAUGCUGAUAUGCCUCUCUACUUUCCUUGUCCCUGCAGUCGAAGUGGAAGUGGAAUCAUGAACGGCCAGCUAAUGAGACUCCACAUCGUGACCCCGAAGGCCCCAGUAAACGUGACCCUUGCCCCCCAAGUUCAGCCUGCCCCCGACCCGUGUCCCCGGUACAUCCCCCAGCCCCUCCUCCCCCCCAUCAAGCUGUCAGCCUCAGCCUACUGGGUUUUACGGCUCCCCUAUGCCUACGUGGGUGACCAGGGCCCCCACUACCCCCCGACCCCCGCCAGCCCACCCCCCUCCUUUGCUCGUCUUCUGAAAGGCUGUUAUGGAAUAUCGCAGGUGAUGUUGGACAGGUGAGGUGUGUGUGUGUGUGUGUGUGUGUGUGUGUGUGAGGAGGAGGAGGUGUGGUUUGUGAAGGAGGAGGAAGAAGAGGAGGAGGUGUGACUGGUUCUUGUUUGUGAAGGAGGAGGAAGAAGAAGAGGAGGAGGAGGAGGUGUGGUUCUUGUUUGUGAAGGAGGAGGAAGAAGAAGAGGAGGUGUGAGUGGUUCUUCUUGUUUGUGAAGGAGGAGGAAGAAGAGGAGGAGGAGGAGGAGGAGGAGGAGGAAGUAAUGUGAUUUUGUAGUGAGAGAGAGAGAGAGAGAGAGAGAGAGAGAGAGAGAGAGAGAGAGAGGCAAAGAAAAAAGACAUUUCAUAAUUAUUUUUUAUUAAUUUUCUUGAUUGAGAUAAAGAAUGAGACAAUAAAUGAGAGAGAGAGAGAGAGAAAGAGAGAGAGAGAGAGAGACACCCCUUUCUCUCUCUCUCUCUCU